CUGGGCGGGACGAAGCGCCGCUGAACAGGAAGAAGAAGAUGGCGCAGGACGAGCAGCAUCCGGAGGCUGAGGCUCACAAAGCGCAUUUAAACACAAGUGUGAGCCUCAAUGCUAGCUGUUAGCAACACGCCUCGCUGGAGUCUGGACUGUAGGAAGCGGUUUUGGUGGUGAAGCACCUUGAAAAGCAGCAUGAAUCUCCCGCACCCUGCCACUCCAAUCCCUCCUGUCCAUCCAGAUGUGCUGAUGAAGUCUCUGCCUUUCUACGAUGUGCUGGACAUCCUCAUCAAGCCCUCCAGCUUAGGAGCAAGUACUGCACAGAGAUACCACCAGGAAAAGUAUUUCAUCUUUGCUUUGACGCCACAGCAAGUCCGAGAAGUCUGCAUAUCGAGGGACUUCCUUCCAGGUGGCAGAAGAGAUUAUAUGGUUCAAAUUCAACUGAGGUUUUGUUUGUCAGAAACCAGCUGCCCUCAAGAAGACAACUAUCCAAACGCUCUUUGUAUAAAAGUCAAUGGCAAACUGUUUCCCCUGCCGGGUUUUGCCCCGCCCCCCAAGAAUGGAGUGGAACAGAAGAGACCCGGCAGGCCGCUAAACAUUACCUCAUUGGUGCGACUGUCCUCUGCGGUACCCAAUCAGAUCGCAGUGACAUGGGCGCCUGAAAUUGGAAAGACCUACUCCAUGUCCGUCUACCUGGUGAGGCAGCUCACGUCCCCGCUGCUCCUGCAGAGGCUGAGGAUGAAGGGCAUCAGAAACCCGGACCACUCCAGAGCACUGAUUAAGGAGAAGCUGACUGCAGACCCAGACAGUGAGGUGGCAACAACAAGUCUGAGAGUGUCCCUCAUGUGCCCGUUGGGGAAGAUGCGACUGACGGUUCCAUGCCGGGCAGUGACUUGCUCGCACCUUCAGUGCUUCGACGCUGCCCUCUACCUGCAGAUGAAUGAAAAGAAACCUACCUGGAUCUGUCCUGUGUGUGACAAGAAGGCCGCAUAUGAGAGUCUCAUCAUUGACGGUUUAUUCCUGGAGAUCCUGAAUGACUGUUCUGAUGUGGAUGAAAUCAAGUUCCAAGAAGACGGUACCUGGUGUCCCAUGAGGCCGAAGAAGGAGGCGGUGAAAGUCUCCUCUCAGUCACUUGCCAAAGUGGAAUCUCCUUGUCGCCAGUCUUUGCCGCCCCCACACGGUGCUGAGUCCGUUCCCAGCAAGAAGGCCGAUGUCAUCGAUCUGACUCUGGAUAGCUCCUCCUCCUCCUCGGACGACGACGACGACGACGACGAUGAGGAGGAAGAGGAGGAGGAGAAAAGCUUAGAUCCUCCUUUGAAGAAACGCUGUGUGUACAUCUCUAAACACGAGGACAUGCAUACCAAGGGAGUGCUGACGUACCAACCUUCCACCAUGCGUCUUCACAACCUGGACACCUCCUACCUGCCCCCCACUCUGGCUGACUAUGCAGUCCCCUUCCACCCAUCCACCAUGGCCACCAUACCCACUGACAUGCAGAGUCUGGAUUUAUUUUCUCUACUUCAAGCUGAUCCCCAGGUGAGUCUUGGUCACAUGACUCACCCUGUACAGCAUUACAGGCCACAGAUGUUUCUAGAAAACCUGAGCAGCAGUUUGCAGAGCGUGUCUUCUCCCAGCACCAGCGCCGCUCUGGUGGCCUCCAGCAGUCGUUACGACGCCAGCGCUCGCACCCCCGCCUCCAUUCAUGACUCCUCCCAUGACUCCUCCCACGUUGUCACGGUGACACAAAGUGCUGACAACAGCAUAUCUGACAUUAUUUCACUAGACUGACUUUUUACUCAAACGUUCUUUUCUGGGGACUCUUUUUGAAACCAAACUUUUUCUAAAGCUUUUUUUUUUUUUU